GGAUGAGAAGCGCCCGGUUGUGUGAGGGCUCCCAGCCUGCCGGUGCGACAUGGGCCGCCCCAGCUCUACAGCGGGGCAGCCUGCUUGGCCCCUUUAGAGCUCGCCAGCAGUGGGGAGGGCAAUGGGGCCAGCCCUCUGGGCCUUUCUCCACAUUUAGCCGCCACCUGUCUCUAGGGGCUGAGCGCGCUCUCCCUCUGUUCUCUAGGGGGAACAGUUACACUUGUCCUAGCAACCAGGCGGAGGGCCCCGGGCCCGGACUGCAGAGCCCCAGCCCCAGGCGCCCUCCUCCCUCCGCCCCGGCAGCCUGCCAGCGUGGCUCUCUGCCGCGCGCCCCCAGCCACAGGCGCGCACGCGCGCCCCCAGCCACACACGCACACCCCGUGCCCCUCUCACUUUCUCUCCCUCCCGCGCCUCUCCUCUCCAGCUCCCCUCUCCGCAGUCUCUCUCCCUCGCUCUGGCUCGCGAGCUCUGGCUCGCCUGCCCCGCACCCCGCCUAGCUCAUUUGCUAUGCGAUGCUUCCUUGGCCGCGGACAAGCCGGCAAGUGAUCAGCCGGCCGCGCACCGUCCCCCUUGGCACGGCGAUGUGCGCUCCUGCCGCUGGCGCAGUCGCUGCCUGCUGCAGGGACGCGGGGGCUGGGGCCGGCCGCCCUAGGGAGGAGGCUGAAGCCGCCGCCGCCGCCGCCGCCGCCGCCCUGUCCUCCUCCUGCUGCCGCUGAGUGAGAGCCGAGGGGCGGAACCGAGACCCACACCACCGGCCGAAUGGAGGCUCAAGACGGGGCCGGCAUCCUAGAACUAACUAAAGAAAUCCAGUCAUCGCAGACAGCAUUGGUAGUGCCAGGCCACGGGACAGGGGAUGAGUCCGGCACCUCCCUGGGAGAGGAAGAGGAGGGAGGAAUUCCAAUUCCUGCUCCUGGGCUCCUGCAGGUCACAGAGAGAAGGCAACCUCUGAGCAGUGUCUCCUCACUGGAGGUCCAUUUUGAUCUCUUGGACCUUACGGAGCUGACAGAUAUGUCUGACCAAGAACUGGCUGAAGUCUUUGCAGACUCAGAUGAUGAGAAUGCUACAAAUGAGUCUCCAGCAGGUUUGCACACACACCCGCUCCCUCGAGCCGGGUAUCUGCGCUCCCCUUCCUGGACCAGGACCAAAGCGGAACAAAACAGAGAAAAAAAGCACCUCAGUGACUCUGAGCUGCAGGCGGGGAUCGUGGACACUUUUCUCACUAUAGAGAGGCCGAAGGAAGACUAGGCUCUUUUAUAACCUGCCCCGGGAGCCACACGGAGGGCCCACGACGGGAACGUCCACAGUUGCAUCAAUCACAAAUUCUGGACGAUUUGUGAUGCUGAAGAUCUUUUUGAUGUGAGAGACUUUGGCCACACUGCGGAGCCCCGCCAUCAUCUCUGCCCUGACUGCUUUGCUUCCUUCCGUCCCAUUUCCAAGAGGUGGAAUCAGCGUGGUAGGAGUCGAGGCAUCCCUCCAGGGUGAUGGCCGGCACCCGGAGUGGGGAGGGGUUGGAGGCAGCUGGCAGGACUGUUGGCCCUUGAAGCACUCCCUCUCUUGCGGGGUGCACCGGCGGGUCUUCCGGAGCUGGAGUCGUUGCUGCAGAAGGUGCAGGCUGAAUUAACCUUGAUCCCAACAUGCUGGAGAGGCAGUCCAAGGAGAGCGAGGGAGCCAACAUCUAAACCAACAGAUUCUUCUAAGACAGUUAAGUGCUACGAGACAAAAGCAAAAGCCCAGCCAUUGGGCUCCAGCCGCCAUCUUUUAGUAUAAGCACAGUCUUUCUCCAGUGGCCUUACUCACAUCUCUUUCUCUGUGCAUGGCCAUGUAUUUUCUGUGGAAUUCUAUUGCUCAGAAACCAGGACGCUCCGCCUCUCACUUGGUCAGAAGCUUAGCUCUCAUCAGCUUUUCCUGGGAGGACUGACUGGUAGUCCAGAAAACCACAGCAAAAUCUGGAAUGGUCUUCAGUGUCACAGGGAUCAGAUGUGGGAAUGACACUUAUGGUGGCCACGUAUCUGACAUCUGUCUAUUGGUUUAAGGGACCCAGCUUCUCUCUGCUUAUUAAAUCUUCUGGAAAGUUCCUCUUUUCAGAACUGGUGCUGUCCAGCUCUAAAAUGGUUCUGAGAAAGGCCGAAGAGUAAAAGACGGUUCAAACUGGUAACAUUCAAUUUACUUGUUAUCUCUAGGCUUGGCGGAAGGCCUUUUGGUUUCCAUUUUUUCAUACAAGUGGUUGCACCCCAAAUUCGGAAACUGGGGUUUUUAGUAGUGGCAAAAGGAAAAUUCCAUUUGUUUUCAAAUUCUGGAGACUGCCUAGGGAUCCAAGGAUUCUCUCCUGAAGCUAUCCAUACCAAUUUGAUUCUUGCCGCACUUUCGGCCAAAGGAGGCAGAGUUGGUGGCCCAUCUUCUUCCAUUCUCUCCUACUGACCAUUCUUCUCCUAAAGUCUUUCCUUGGGUUAGAGAGCCACGUACUAGAUCAGCUUUGUGACCCAGACCCUUUCUGACCUCUGGGCUGGGCUUUCCGGGACUCUGGCCCAUUUCCUACCUUGCUCAGAACACCAAAUAAUGCCAAAACUGCCUAAGGAACCAUGGCACCUCCCUUAAGUGAUUAAGGUGAGGGGAGGAAAAGAGGCUCAUGAGACGCUCCCCCUUUCCCACCCCACAAUCUUCUCAAUGAGGGGUUACUUCUCAUGUUCCAAUAACAUGGAUUUCCUAUUCUGCACAUCACCUCUAGUUAAUCUCACGUAAACACGUCAUACCCUAGAGUAGCUUUGAGCCUGUGGCUGCCCAUCACAUCUCCAUUGUCCUUCCACGUGAUGCUGUCUUGCUGGGUGUCACCUUAUACUGAGAGGAAGCAGGGACCAUUUUUUGAGCUGUGCUUCUGGAUCUGCCCAAAGGAGAGACUUUGCAAAUGGGACUCGUCUUUCCAGACGUCUUGCCAGCCGAGAUGUGGGCCAAUUACGGAGGCCUGAAGUCCCCAAGAACUGGCAUUUCUUCUAAACAAAAUGGCACCUAGCUCAGCUGCUGGCCGGUGGUUGGCACCCCCCCCCCCACGUCCCCCUUCCCAUAUUUAAAUUCUCUUGUACGGAGUACCAUGGACACAGGGUCAUGGACUGACACCAAGGAGGAAUGUAUGCCAUGUCAAAGAAUGGUUUUGGAAUGGGAUCCAAACUCAUUUUUUUGCUUGGACCCUAGACUGUGGAGCCUUCCACUGUUUUCUUUUCUCCAUUUACAUUUCUUACAUGGCUAUAAAAUAGGUUCUUAAUCUUUGUUCCAACAGAGACAGAAUCAAAUGUAAGUCAAGUCAAAUCUCAUCAUACUUGCUAUUUGCAGGGCGCCGUGCUAAGUACUACGAGAGCAACAAUAAAGAACGAGCUCUGGCUCCUGCCCUCCAGGAUCUAGGCCAGCUACAGGAGAAGGCUUCGGGCCCGAUUCCCUGAUUUCAGAGGCUGUUAACCAGGCCGCUUCCCAAAUGCUCCGUAGUGCUGGCUAGCUGCCAGCUGACAGAUGUACGGGCACCUCUCACUCCAACUGAGAGACGCCACCGGGGGCUUCUGGCCUGUCAGCCGGUGGGAAUGCCCCGCGUUCUGCUCUUCCCAGAGAUAUCUCUCAAGCUCCGACACUUCAAAACCAAGAAGCUAAGAUGAAAACUACCCACCGCCUUCACAAAGAGGCCAUCAGACCUGCUCUAUUGUGUGUAAUUACUUCCCAGAAAAGCAGCCCUGUUAGCACCGGAGAAACUUCCCUAAAUGAUAUAAAAGGGGCAGACCUUUGUGCAUUUCCCUUCCCUAACCUGUUCUACCCCUGGGAUGCCAGGCCAGCUAAGUAACCAUGCCAGUAGGCCAAGGAGCUGAGCAUAGGAUGUUUGCCCGACACGAUAAAAGUCAAAUUCGUACUUUGGUUUGCUUUUAAACUUGAUCACACGAAGGCAGCUAGAGCAGCACACGACCCACUGCCCACUCCCGUGACCGACUGUCCUUCCUGUGUAUUGUACUUUUUCAUUAGUUCAUGUAGCAGCUUUCUAGCACAUCAUCUGAAAAAAUGGUAUUAAAACCUCAUCCCUCUCA